CGCGUUGCGUCGCGAGUGAUACACUUCUUGGUUUGCUCUUCUGCGACACGCACGGCCGCGGCCGCCACGGGUCCGAUCCGAUUGCGGGUUUGCUGGAGCUGGAGGAGUUUCCGGAUCGACAACGGAACGCAGCAGCGGGACAGUUGAGCGUUUCACGCGCCAUUAUGGACUCGCUGGCGAAUUACGCCAGCGACGGCGACAACAGCAACAACUCGGACGACGCGAAGACGCCACCUCGGGUACAGGAAGAGGCGAGCAGGAGGGCGAGCGACGCCAACUACGACCCGGUACAAAUGGACAUGAGUGAGGAGAGCAACAACAACAAUUCGUCCAGGGAGUCCAGUAGCGAACGCGCCAACAGUCCUACCACGGCUCAGUCUACCUUUGGCUCGAGAACAGAAUCCUCUCGGGCUUUGCCUUCUCCAUCAGACCAGAGGCGAGCUGAUCAUGAAAAUCAUACGAGUUCAAAAGAUGAUCAUAGACGGGGGGACCGUAGCGAUCGGAGUCGUCGUUCGUCCGACAAAAGUCGCCGGUAUGACGAUCGAAAACAACGUGAUAGUAGCAGUAGUCACAGAGACCGGAGCAGGGACCAGAGGAGUCGGGAUGACGACAAGCGCAAAGCGUCUCUCGGAUCGUCCAAGGACGAGAAGAGUGACGACAGAGAGAGAAGCGACAAGGAUCAUCAUUAUAGGGACGACCGGAGGGAUCGUAAUCGCGAUAGGAACGACAGGGACAGGCGCAGAGAUCGCGGUGAACGGGACCGGCGACACUCCAGGGAUGAUCGGUCGAAGGAUCGGUAUCGGGACGAGCGUUCGAGCUACCACAAAGAGAGGGAUCGCACGCGAUCGAGAUCGCGAUCGAGGGACCGCGCGCCACCGUUGCCGUUCAGGACGAUGAGUUAUCGGGAGGAGAAAGGACGGAACAAACUGGCCCAGCUGGAAAAGCUGGGUAUAGAGCUGAAGCCGCCGGAGGGCGGCGACAUCAUGACGCCCGGUGGCAUCCCGGGCGAACAAAAUUACUACAAUCCGUUGGCGACGGCGUCUCAGGGCAAGUACGCGGAGCAGAUCCAGAAGAGGAAGCUGCUGUGGGCGAACAAGUCGAAGCAAGACGACGGUAACAGCACAUCGGCCACGGCUUCCACCGCCAACACGUGGAUGGGGACGACUUUCACGCACGAUCAGGACGGCAAGGUGACGGCCAAGUUCAAGCGACUGAUGGGUAUCAAGGGUGAUCUACCUGGCACGCCGGCGGUAGGAGCCAAGCCGGAUAUUCUGAAAAAGCAGGAGGAGAUGUUCAACAAUAUGGAGCAACAAUACGAAGUUGCACGUGCUACCACGCACACGCAACGUGGCGUAGGCCUGGGUUACGCAACCGGUGGCUACCAAUUUCCACGAUAAAAUGCGCUGCAAUCUCACGCCCGUUGUUUAAUUACAUUUAAUAUUGGUAGAUAUUGGCUGCGUUCUGCCGAUACUCCGCUAGCCUAGCAAUCGUGAGCAGUCGCUCGUUUCCU